AUGCCUCGUUGGCGCCAUUCGAAUACCGGAGAUAAAAUCCCGCGUCCCGAUUGCUACCUAUGUCUCAGUGGGUGCCUCGACCGAGCUGAUGUGUCAGCAGAGGCUCGCGAGAGUAUUCAAACCUUGUUGACCGUUUGCGCUGACUUGUCACAUCCAUGCUCUGUCGAUACUGGCAACGACCGAGCUACAGCCAGACAAGCCAUGAAAACUGCUCUCGGCACAGGCAUAUGCGGCUCCAGAGCCGAAUUCUGCGUUUUAUUCGCGAAGGGUGCGUCCUUAGAGCAAUGUGGAGGCUUCGUUCGAGCGGCUCGGACUGCUCAUCUGCUACGGGCAUUGGCCGAAAUGGACCAUUCAAUCGUUCAAGAAGCCUUCGGUCAAGGCGGUUGGCCGAUAGAGUUCCGGGCAGCAGUGGCAAGACUUCUGUCACAACAUGCACCUAACGACAAAGAGGCUCCAAGAAAGACAACAUUACGUUUAAGCAGCGAAAAACUGGAGCAGAGCCUCUCAGAGACCAUGGUUCUUGACCUGAUUGUUCUCGUCGGAUUUGUGGUUGUCAACAAUCCUCAACUUCAGGAGGCAAUCUGCGAAGGAUGGAGCGUAGUAAAAACACUGUGCACUUUACCGGCUAAUUGGCUGGUGUCGCAGACUCGCAGUCGCGCCUUGUUACCAACUCUUUGUGCGUUAGCUGAGUACCCCGCCUGCGCUGCUGCUAUAUCAGCUGAAUUGAGUAUGACGAUGCUAGAAGAAUUCCUGAACAGUCCCGAGUCGCAAAAUCUUAAACUCGUUCAAGUGAUCAAAGUAGGAAGAGCCAAGAAACACGGCAAGAAAUAA